GCAAGAACCCAGCUGGAGUCCAACCCCACCACCUUCCCCUGACCCCCCUUUUCGCACUCGUCCUCUCUUUUUCAUCCCAGCUCUCAAAUCUCAGCUCAAAUCUCCUCUUCUUGCCUCUCUUCUUCUGAACCGAGCUUAAAGAUCGCUUCUUUUGGGCUGUGGUUCGGUAAAGGUGGGAUCUUGGCGCUUGGAUUGGUGUGACAAUGUGGGGAAGUGGAUUCGGGGGGUUGCUCUUCUCCUCCUCCUCCUGCCUUGCUGCUUUCCUCCUCCUACUGCUUUCGCUGGAUCAUCCGGGUCCGGUCACCGCUCAGACCCCCAAGAGCCCUUGGCAAACCUUGACUGGUAAUGCCCCAGUAGUAAUAGCAAAAGGUGGUUUUUCGGGGAUAUUUCCUGACUCAAGUGAUGCUGCUUACAAACUUACUUAUAUUGCUGGUUCAUCUGAUACAAUCUCAUGGUGCGAUGUGCGGUUGACAAAAGAUGGUGUUGGCAUCUGUCUACCAGAACUUACAAUUAAUAAUGGUACGAAUAUUCAGGUGGUUUAUUCACAGGGGGAAAAGAAUUACCUUGUCAAUGGAGUUCCUACAUCAGGGUGGUUUUCUGUGGACUACAGUAUUAAAGACUUAUCACAAGUUUCAUUAAUUCAAGGUGUUUUUUCUCGAACGGAUAAAUUUGACGCUAGCUUGUUUCCUAUCCUUGCUGUUGAAGAUGUGCAGAAACAAGUUAGGCCACCAGCCCUUUGGUUGAAUAUACAGCAUGAUAUGUUCUACCGGCAGCAUAAUUUGAGUAUGAGAAGCUAUCUUCUUUCUCUAUCAAAGCGUGUUAUUCUGAGCUAUGUCUCAUCGCCAGAAGUGAUUUUUCUUAGCAGCAUAGCCGGAACAUUCAAAAGAACCAAAACAAAGUUCAUUUUCCGCUUCCUCGAUGAAGCCACCAUUGAACCCUCUACAAACCAGACAUAUGGUGCACUAUUAAAAAAUCUCACCUUUAUCAAGACAUUUGCCUCGGGAAUUCUCGUUCCAAAGCAAUAUAUUUGGCCUGUAACGUCUGAUCUCUAUUUACAGCCUUACACCUCUGUUGUCCUUGAUGCCCAUAAAGAAGGACUGGAAGUAUAUGCUUCGGGCUUUGCAAAUGAUGCACAAUUUAGCUAUAAUUACAGCUAUGAUCCAUUAGCUGAAUAUCUUUCUUUCAUUGACAAUGGGAUCUUCUCUGUUGAUGGUGUUCUGACGGACUUCCCUAUAACUGCAUCAGAGGCCAUAGGUUGCUUUUCUCAGACAAAAGCAAACAGCUCUGAACAUGGAAAACCUGUAGUUUUCUCACACAAUGGAGCUAGUGGAAUGUAUGCUGAUUGUACCGAUCUGGCUUAUCAACAAGCUGUUAAAGAUGGUGCAGAUUUUAUCGAUUGUCCUGUUCAAGUGACACAAGAUGGCACGCUUAUAUGCAUGAGCUCUAUAAACCUCAUUGAUGUUACUACAGUCACAACAUCGCCUUUCAGUUCUCUUUCUUCUGUUAUCCCAGAAAUUCAGGAUGGUCCUGGGAUUUUUACCCUUAACUUAACAUGGGAAGAUAUUUCAAAGAACUUGAAACCCACCAUAUCAAGCCCAGAAAUAAAGUACCAAUUGCACCGGAACCCUCGAUAUAAAAAUGCAGGAAAAUUUAUGAGGUUAUCUGAUUUUCUGGAUUUUGCGAAGGACAAGGCUCUAUCUGGAGUUUUGAUCAGCAUAGAGAAUGCUGCAUUUCUUGCAGAGAAACUAGGAUAUAGUGUCACAGAUGGUGUUAUCAAGGCAUUAAAAGAUUCAGCUUACAACAAUCAAACUGUUCAGGAAGUUAUGAUUCAGUCCUCAAAUAGCUCAGUUCUGGUCAAAUUCAAGGAGCAAACGAAAUAUAAGCUUGUUUACAUGGUUGAUGAAUCCAUUAGAGCUGCUGCACCUUCCUCAGUAGCGGACAUCAAGCAGUUUGCUCAUUCAGUGGCUGUCAGCAAGCAAUCCAUAUUUCCUGAAAGCCAGCAGUUUGUUAUCGAGCAAACUGAACUUGUGAACAAGUUGAAGUCUGCUGGCCUGAAUGUAUAUGUAUAUCUGCUGAUGAAUGAGUUUGUGUCUCAACCGUGGGACUUCUUCUCAGAUCCAAUAGUAGAGAUCAAUCAAUAUGUUCAGGGAGCUUAUGUAGAUGGCAUCAUCACCGAUUUCCCAGGGACAGCUGCAGCAUACAAAAGAAAUGCUUGUUCAAAAUUGGGUGAUAAAGCACCAAAUUAUAUGCUUCCAGUUCAAGUCGGAGGCCUGCUGGGACUGAUGACUCCUGAGGCACUGCCACCUGCACUCGCUCCCAUGCCGGUCCUGGAAGCUUCUGAUGUGGUGGAGCCACCUCUAAUGCCUGCUUCAGGUAGGCCAUCGGCCGGCGCUGGAGAGAAUGCAGGGGCUCCUGCUUCACAGCCUUCGGGUGAGCCACCACGAUCUAUCGCUGCCUCGGUUGUCGUAUCUUUGGCGAUGCUAUGUGGAUUUUUUGUGCUUAUUUAAGAUGUAACGCACGGCCAUUUUGAGCACAGCAUCGAAGGACUUAGCCGUCGCAGAAUCAAGCUACCCAUCCUGUUAUAUAAGUUCUUGCCGGCAAUUCUUUUUUCCUUUUGGUAUUUUUUGAUUACUUUCUGCUGGUUCUCCUUAUGUUCUGUAUCGCCCGAAUAUGAAGCAAAAGAAUAUAUUCGUUUCACAAAUUUAAUGGUUUUGUGAAUGGUUA